GCGGGCGGGAGAGGGGGCGGGGGAGGGACGGUAGAAAGGAGGGAGGGGCGGGGGCGGGCGGCUGCAGCGCCCCCGCACUCCCCGCGCCUCGCACACUUGCACCGGCCGCUCGCGCGCAGCCCGGCGUCUCCCCGCGCUGCGCUCGCUCCUCCCUCCCUCCUCCCGUUCCGUGGCUCCCGCGCUCCCCGCGAGGCUCAGACUCCGAGCGCGCGGACGGGCGCACUACAGACGGCCCCGGGAAGCCUCGGCCCGCGCCUACCGGGCGGGCUAUGUUGAUUGCCCCGCCAGGGCCGGCCCGCGGGAUCAGCACAGCCCAGCCCGCGGCCCCGGCGGCCAGGGGGGACUAUGAACCGGAAAGCGCGGCGCUGCCUGGGCCACCUCUUUCUCAGCUUGGGCUUGGUCUACCUCCGGAUCGGUGGCUUCUCCUCGGUGGUAGCUCUGGGCGCGAGCAUCAUCUGUAACAAGAUCCCAGGCCUGGCUCCCAGACAGCGGGCGAUCUGCCAGAGCCGGCCCGACGCCAUCAUCGUCAUAGGAGAAGGCUCGCAAAUGGGCCUGGACGAGUGUCAGUUUCAGUUCCGCAAUGGCCGCUGGAACUGCUCGGCACUGGGGGAGCGCACCGUCUUCGGAAAAGAGCUCAAAGUGGGGAGCCGCGAGGCUGCCUUCACAUACGCCAUCAUCGCUGCCGGCGUGGCCCACGCCAUCACUGCUGCCUGCACCCAGGGCAACCUGAGCGACUGUGGCUGCGACAAGGAGAAGCAAGGCCAGUACCACCGGGACGAGGGCUGGAAGUGGGGUGGCUGCUCUGCCGACAUCCGCUACGGCAUCGGCUUCGCCAAGGUCUUUGUGGAUGCCCGGGAGAUCAAGCAGAAUGCCCGGACUCUCAUGAACUUACACAAUAACGAGGCAGGCCGAAAGAUCCUGGAGGAGAACAUGAAGCUGGAGUGUAAAUGCCAUGGCGUGUCAGGCUCCUGCACCACCAAGACCUGCUGGACCACACUGCCGCAGUUCCGAGAGCUGGGCUACGUGCUCAAGGACAAGUACAACGAGGCUGUCCACGUGGAGCCCGUGCGCGCCAGCCGCAACAAGCGGCCCACCUUCCUGAAGAUCAAGAAGCCGCUGUCCUACCGCAAGCCCAUGGACACCGACCUGGUGUACAUCGAGAAGUCGCCCAACUACUGCGAGGAGGACCCGGUGACAGGCAGUGUGGGCACACAGGGCCGCGCCUGCAACAAGACGGCCCCCCAGGCCAGUGGCUGUGACCUCAUGUGCUGCGGCCGCGGCUACAACACCCACCAGUAUGCCCGCGUGUGGCAGUGCAACUGCAAGUUCCACUGGUGCUGCUACGUCAAAUGCAACACGUGCAGCGAGCGCACGGAGGUCUAUACGUGCAAGUGAUGGCGGGGUCACAUGGCCCCGCCAGCCACACACAAACGGCAGGAGGACUGGACGCUUUCCAUGCUGCAGUCAUGGCUCAGACCUUCACAGGGAGCCCCAGCGAUGCUGAGCUUGUCUUGUCUGCUGUGGGGGCGCCUGUGGGGGCACUUCUCCAGGGCCCCAAGUCAUCCAUGCUACACCCAGUGCCGCUCUGCCGGGCCCACACACCGCCCAGGACCCUCCUCGGCUGAGCAGAGCCUUCGCACCAGAAACUCUGGACCCUGGGCCUCAACAUAGCAAUAUUUAACAAUUUAUUCUGAUAAAAAAUAAUAUUAAUUUAUUUAAUUAAAAAGAACCCUUCCACCUCAUCGGAUCCGUUUUCUGCAAUCAAAGUGGACCACUUGCUUUCCUUGUGUGAUAAUUUUGCCUCUAGGACACGGAGCCGAGUAGAACUGUACAUAGUCUUUAUGCAGGUAUUUCUGCUAGUUGAUUUCGCAAGCACCCCCCCUGCCACACUAGAUGUUUAAGUACAAGAGCAGGCAUCCUUUAUACAUAUAGAGAUAUACACACACAUCUAUUUUUUUGCUGUUUGCUGCUAAUUCUCCAGAAAUGUAAGCUGGUCCAGAAGUGGGGACGUUUUCCAGAACACAUUUCCCAUCCUGCUAUCCUCCCCAGCUCAGACUCACCCAUGGGAAGGUCCAGUUUGGAAGAGAGAGAGGGGAGGUAAUACUACAACCCCCAUCAGUUUCCAUCGUUUGGAAAGUGAGCCACUGGAUAAGAGAAUAUUUUGUAAGAGACUAUUUUUAUAUGAAUAUUUUAUUUAUAUUGAGUCUGCCUGUAUCAUCCACGGCCUGUGCUUCUUAAUUCUGGUACUCCCUUUGGGGUGAGCAGCGGCAAGACCUGGGUGUAGGUCCAGGCCCUGUGGGGACCCUCACGCAGUGAGGUCCUCAAGUUCCACUGGCCCGGGGGUGGGGCAGGAGGGCCCUGGAUAUUACAUGGGAGGAAGCAGGUGCCCAGCCUUAGCCAAGUGAGCUCAGGCUUUUGAGCGAGGUCUGUGCACAUUGCCCUUGAGAUGAGCAUGUGCUGGGCAGGCUCUUGCCCUCAGCAUCACAGGACCGUCAGUGGGACAGGUCACCUCCACUUGGCAGAAGCCAGCUCAGGGAGCCUGCUCUUUACCAGGACACCCUGCCAUUGCCAUGUGCCCUCAGUUAUGGGGCAGCAGAGCUGGGGGAGGGGUCCCAUGAGCAGCCAGGCCAGUGGGGUGUCUUGGUCCCAAGGCAGACUGGCAGGGAGAGGUGUGGACAAAGCCUGUCUACACUAUUCCAGUGCCUCUCAGCCUGGAACACUUUCCUCCAGGAGGCUGUGGGUGUUCUAACAUGUGUCCGUUUGCAUUUCCAUGUGUGUGCGUGCGUGCUUGUGUGUGAGAGAGAGAGAGACUUUAGAGCUCCUUGGGUUGUGGUGUGAUUGCACCUCCAGGCACCUCUGGGUGUGUAUGUCUCGUGUGCUCCUGCGGGUACACGGCUGUCUUUAUCUCUCUCUCCAUGUGCCUGGGAGAUCAGGGUGGCAUAUGCCUGUGCAUCUGCUGGUCCCGGGAGUCUCUGCUGGUGGGUCAGGGGCUUGUGGUGGGAGGCAAACUGUGGGGACCUUUAGCAAUUGUGCUGAGCCACCAAGAGAUGGCAUCUUUGAACUCUGUGUCCACAGACACUGAUGAAACUCAGAUACCUCUGAGACCACAGCCUCAUGGCCCUGUGCAUUAGGAGCCCCUCAGUGUCAGUGUGUUGAACUCCCCAAUAUUAGCACUGGGCCUGAAUCACAGCAUGGACAAAUAAAGUGGCUGGAUGGUUGGCUGACUUCCUC